CGCCGGCGCUGACGAUCAGGGCAGGGAGAGACUACGAAAGUGUGGUGUCCGGUCCCAGGUAGUAGUGAAAACGGUUCCAGUGCCAGAGUGUGAUUCCCAAAAUUCACGAUCCCGCGAUGACCACGAUGGCUUACUAGUGUACUACCUCGCACGGUACCUCGCAAGUUCACCAGAACCCGAUCAGGGAUUGUGACCAUCGGUUCGCACCGAGCGCGCCCGCUGUUCCUUAGCCGUUAGCCUACAUUCCCGAUGGCGGCCAACGGAAGGUUCGCACCACCCGGCCGGUGCCAGUUAUUGCUGCUAAGUGGCCUAUUGUUCGCCGUAAUCUGUGAUAUUGAUCGUGUGCGGGGAGCUUCCGUCUACAGAUCGCCUAAUCUCGACGAUGCCCGCCACUGGCGGCGACAGGCGGAAACCUACCUCAAGCAGGUACUGUCCUACGACGAGAAUCGCCGAAUGAUGCCAUCGAGCGCCAAGAACGUGAUCAUCUUCGUCGGUGACGGCAUGGGCGUCGCGUCACUGUCCACCGGGCGCAUCUUCAAGGGGCAACGGGCGGGCCGGUCGGGUGAGGAGGAGCAGCUCAGCUUCGACACCUUCCCCAACACGGGGCUCUCGAAGACGUACAACACGGACCGGCAGGUACCGGACUCGGCCGGUACGGCCACCGCGAUGUUUAGCGGCGUCAAAACGCGGUACGGAGUGGUCGGCGUCGACUACACCAUCACCGAGACAAACCUGGAGGCCGCGAAAGUGUCCUCGUUCAUGGAGUGGGCCCAGGCGGAGGGCAAGCGGACCGGGGUGGUGACGACGACGCGCAUAACGCACGCCACGCCGGCCGCCUGCUACGCGCACACGAUCAACCGGAACUACGAGUGUGGCGCCAAGGUGCCGGUGAACCUGAAGACGCGCCUCAAGGACAUCGCCCGCCAGCUGGUGGAAGACGCACCGGGGCGCCACAUGAACGUGCUGCUGGGCGGCGGGCGCAACUGUUUCGGGGCCCCCGUCCCGACGCACCUCAAGUCGGAGCACCGCUUCCAGGGCGCCAUGGAGAAGACGUGCCUCCGGAACGAUGGCCGCAACCUGGUGGACGAGUGGCGCCGGCUAAAGAACGGCACCCGGGCCGAGUACGCUUGGAAGACGUCCGACCUGAGGGCGGUCGAUCUGGAUCGGGUCGACCAUCUGCUGGGCCUGUUCGCCGACGAUCACAUGAGCUACGACACGGUGCGGAACCGAGCGGAGGAUGGCGAACCGUCGCUCAGUGAGAUGACCGCCGCAGCCAUCCGCGUCCUGCGACGCCCGGACAGUGCCGGGUUUGUGCUGAUGGUCGAGGGCGGACGCAUAGACCAUGCACACCACCAGAACCACGCUCACCUGGCGCUGGCCGAGGUGGUCGAGCUGGACCGGGCCGUCGAGACGGCGCUCAAGAUGGUCGACCUGGACGAUACGCUCGUCCUGGUGACGGCGGACCACUCGCAUGCGAUGACCUUCAACGGGUACCCGGACCGGGGAAACGACAUUUUGGGUUUCGGUAAUCGGCCGAACGCCACACCGUACGAAACCAUAACCUACGCCAACGGGCCCGGCUUCCUGCAGCAUCGCUGGAACGACACGCUGCUGUCGGCGGAAUCGGCCCCGCCCGACUGGGGUACCUGGGUGAAGGUGGGCCAGCUGAAUCGCUCCGAGAUCACCUACCGGCAUCUGGCCGCGUUCCCGCUGGGUGACGAGACGCACGGCGGCGAGGAUGUGGCCGUGUUUGCGGCGGGCCCCGGGGCCAGCCUCGUUCGCGGGACGUUCGAGCAGAGCUACAUCGCGUACGUCAUGAGCUUCGCCGGCUGCAUGGGUCCGGCCAAGCGGCUGAACGUGGCCUGCGACGGUGACUUCCGGGCCGAGGGCACCAAAACUUCGGCCGCGAGUCGAAGCGCCGAAGACCAGGUCCGGACCACCAUCAGUAUUGCGCUAGUCACCCUUUACGCCACCGUCGGCCGGUUCGGGGCCCGGUUGUGAAUGUUGUUUAAACGACCCGUGUACAGUUUUGUAAAGUAACGUUACCGUGAAAAUGUGUAAAGUUUACUGUUAUUCAAGUUGUUGGUUAUGAGUUAAGUGUGCGAGGCGAAUGAAGGCGAAUGA